UCUCACCGGGAGGAGUACCCUAUAAUUAUUUGCUAUAAUUUUUCAUGAAAAAAUUGGAGGAUUUCUCGUGAGGGCUCACAAGCCAAUAAAGAGGGCUCACGAGCCAAUAAAGCUUACUACUUUCCAUUCCCAUCCUGAUCACUCACGCACUUUUCAUUCAACUGAAUCAACUCCCAUAUUUUCGACAAUUUUAAUCCCCACUCUUACUCUUACUGGAGUCGCUUCUCCUUUUAUUUCCUAAUCAUUUCCUUCAAAUAUGUUUUCUUUGAUUCCAUCUGGAUACUCGAUCAAUAAUAAUAAUAUACUUUCUGAGCAAUAUUUCUGAUCUGGAUACCAUGAGUUUCAUUCUAAUUCUUAUCAACUUUCGCUAGGUUCGGCUUUUUCUUAACUAACAUUCCUUUCGGGGCUCACUUGUUUUUAAGGUUUUAUUAUCAUUCCACGUACUUCACUAAGUGUGUGACCAAACAGUCAUUCUACUUAGUAGCCGCUUAAGACUGUUGCCUUUUGUUUUUCCUGAUCUAAUAUCGCCUCAAAUACGAUGAUAACUGGUAUGAAUAUCUCUAGUGUGACCAUAAAACCUAACGCCCGUUUGGCUAAACCAAGUCAAGGUAGUCUCAGAUACGGAGAGAAUGGGAUUUGGGGGGAGCGAAUCAGGGGAAGCCUGAACAACAACAAUGUUUGGGUCAAAAAGGUAGUGAAAGGAGUCAGUAGAGCCAAACCCGCUGUUGUUUUUGCUCUUCUUACAUCAAAUAACACCAAGGAGACUCUGAGACAGACCCUUCAAGUCCCUCAAUUUCAUAGACGAAGAGCGGACCCGAAAAAUGUUGCUGCAAUCAUUUUGGGAGGAGGGGCAGGGACUCAGCUCUUUCCUCUUACGAGACGAGCUGCGACACCUGCUGUCCCGGUUGGAGGAUGCUAUAGGCUCAUAGAUAUUCCCAUGAGCAAUUGCAUCAAUAGUGGCAUAAACAAGAUCUUUGUACUGACCCAGUUCAAUUCUGCUUCUCUCAAUCGUCACAUCGCCCGAACAUACUUUGGAAAUGGCAUCAAUUUUGGUGAUGGUUUUGUGGAGGUCUUAGCAGCUACUCAAACACAAGGAGAGGCAGGAAUGAAGUGGUUCCAAGGGACCGCAGAUGCUGUGAGGCAAUUUACGUGGGUGUUUGAGGAUGCCAAGAACCGAAACAUUGAGAACAUUCUAAUUUUGUCUGGUGAUCAUCUUUACCGGAUGGAUUAUAUGGACUUUGUGCAGAGCCACAUCGACAGAAAUGCUGAUAUCACAAUUUCUUGUGCAGCAGUAGAUGACAGACGUGCAUCAGAUUAUGGACUGGUAAAGGUGGACAGCCGAGGGCGUAUUUCCCAGUUUGCUGAAAAACCAUCAGGUGCUGAUCUCAAAGCAAUGCAAGCAGAUACCACUCUUCUAGGGCUGUCCAAACAAGAUGCCAUGACAUCACCAUACAUUGCAUCCAUGGGAGUUUAUGCAUUUAAGACAGAAAUUUUGCUAAAGCUCCUACGGUGGAGAUAUCCUACAUCUAAUGACUUUGGAUCAGAAAUUAUCCCUGCAGCUGUGAAGGAGCAUGAUGUUCAAGCCUAUUUAUUCAGUGACUAUUGGGAGGAUAUUGGGACCAUAAAGACGUUCUAUGAUGCCAACUUAGCCCUUACUGACAAGAUUCCAAAGUUUGAGUUUUAUGAUCCCAAAACACCUUUUUUCACGUCUCCUCGAUUCUUACCUCCAACCAAGAUAGACAAGUGUCGGAUUGUGGAUGCUAUAAUCUCACACGGAUGUUUCUUGAGAGAAUGUAGUGUCGAACAUUCCAUUGUGGGUGAACGCUCACGAUUGGACUAUGGUGUAGAGCUUAAGGACACCAUAAUGAUGGGUGCAGACUACUACCAAACUGAAUCUGAGAUUGCAUCUCUGUUGGCUGAGGGGAAGGUUCCUAUUGGCAUAGGACAGAACACGAAAACUAGGAACUGUAUCAUCGAUAAGAAUGCAAAGAUUGGAAAGGAUGUGAUCAUCAUGAACAGAGAUGGAGUUGAAGAAGCAGAUAGACCGGAAGAGGGAUUUCAUAUUCGGUCUGGAAUCACCAUCGUAGUAGAGAAAGCAGCUAUAAAAGAUGGAACUGUCAUAUAGAUGUCUGAUACUCCUAGUAGAGAAAUUCUGGAAACGAACAUAUCAAAGCUGCUAGGAGAAAUGUCGACAUUUUGAUGCAUGGAAAGGCAACCUUUGGGGCUUGUUUGUAAACUGGAAAAAUCUGUUAGUGCUAGUGCUUGUGAAAAUAAGCCUGUGAUGCGAGUCUAUCCAACCAGAUACUGGAAUAUUACCCAAAUAAAUUCAUAGGCCCGCUGGCUGCAUUCCUCAUUAUUGAAUAAAAACGUCGUAUCCAGCUGUGCAAUAUUGGUUUCAUUUAUAAAUAAAAGCAGUGAGUCUUUGUAGUAAGAUCAAAAAUAGAACUUCAUGUUUGUUUUUUCUUUUUGAUAAGCAGUAGAGACCUUGCUUAUUUCUCUACAUUAAAGGCAGUGAGUCAGUGAUCACGUAGUUGCGUCCAACUUAGGACGUAGGAAGGCUACCUGAUAUGGACAAUUUACAGUUACACUUUGCAGUGGUUUUUGCUAUUUAAUUUACUAAAAUAACGUAUUAGUUUUAUACAA